AUGGAAAACUUUGUGUUUCAUACAGAGGUUGUUCCAGACAAUCCUCCUCACAGGAGAAGGAGCAAAGCAGAACCUCCUAACAUGAGGAUUGUCCUGCUGGGGACGGAUGUGAAAGAAAACAGUCGAGUUGGAAACUUCCUGUUGGGACGAGAAGCGUUUGACGAUGAAGCUCCUCCAGAUGUUGUAGAGAAAGUCGGAGGAAGAUUGAAGGACAGACACAUGAUGGUCAUCAAUAGUUCCCAGCUUCUCCAGACAAACAUCUCAGAUCAUCAGAUCACACAGACAGUGAGAGAGUGUGUGAAUCUGUCUGAUCCAGGACCUCAUGUGAUCGUUCUGCUCCUCAAACAUGAUCAGUGUUCAGCAGAAGAUCAAGAGCAUGUCAAGAAGGUGCUGCACUCUUUCUCUGAGCGGGUUUUUCAACACACCAUGGUGAUCACAACACAAGAGCCCUCUGAAACCAAUAAGAUCCUGCAGAAAAUCAUUCAGAAAUGCUUCAGACACUUCAGUCUUCAGAGCAGCAGCUCUCAUAAUGAUCUUCUGCAGAUGCUUGAGGACAUUGAACAAAACAAUGAUGGACGGCACCUGGAUUGUGACGAAAGUUCACAGAAGCAACAGGCCACAGAACCAUGUAUAAACACAGAGCAGAGAGAAGGAUAUGAAAGGGAGAAGGACGAGGUGAAGAAGAUCUGCACAGAAACAGAUGAUUCAGUUCAGAGGGAUGGUGGAGCAGGAGGAGCAGAUCAACACCUACAGCAGGAAGAGAAUGAAAGAGAAAAAAUAAAGAAUCUAUUUCACAGACUUCGUCUUGAUGGCAGGUGCCACAAUAAACUGAGCGCUGCAGAUGUUCUUCAGAUAACUCCACAUUCAUUACAGUCCCAUGAGUCUUGUGCUGAGGAGGAGCUGGUUCAAACUUUCCUACAAAAACUACUGAUGAUGGACUACAGAGCAAGAUACAUUAAUGUUAAAGAUACCAGUGAACAGGAUCAGAUACUACAAAGAGACACUGUCUCGUCUGAAGAUGAGGAUGAUAUUUUUGAUUAUGUUUCUUCUGUGUCAAACAAAGGAACGAGCCAGUCAGACCAUGUGCACCCGAUGGAUGUUCAGAUGGCUGUGUUUCAUUGUGCUGAUGGUUUCCUGAAGCAGCUGAUGGUCACUAAACUGUCCCAGUGUCAGUACGCUCUGCCUCUGCUUGUUCCUGAUCCAGACACACAACAGAUUGAGUUUCCUCUCUGGACAUUCAGACAAAUCAACAAGAGCUGGAAGAUGAGAAACAAUGACAAUGAGAUCAUCAGUCAAACCCAGUCAGUCUACAAGGCACAAACUCCAAUGGUGUCUUUCUUCAGGUUUGGCUCUGUGUCCUCAUCUAAGUCUCAGCUGAUGAACAGCCUGAUCAAUAAGAAACACGACACGUUCUUCCACAGGAACUGCCCAGGCAGCAGCAGAACCAGAGUCCUGAUGGAUGGAGUGGUGGAGAUCGCAUGGUUCUGCCCCUCUGGGAAAAACACGGAUAAAUUCACAGACUGUGUUGCGUUCUGUAAUCUACAUGGUGAUGCAGGAGACCAUGAGAAACAGCUGCAGAUCCUCACUGAAAUGAGCUCAGUCAAUGUUGUUCUUCUGCCACGAAUGGACAGGAACGACAGACAUGCCACAAUGAUCCAAAACCUGUUCAAAAUCAAAAAGCCACUUAUUUGUCUUUUUACUGAGGAUGAAUCUACUGUAACUGAGAUGAAGAAAGACAAAUUUAAAAUAGGUUUGAAAGACAGAAAUCAGUCAGAUGUAUCUGAAGAACUCAGAAGAACUAUAAACGAUUGUCUCUCAAAAUCAUCUUCCUCUUUCAGACUUGAAGAUGUGUCCAAACACUCAGACUUCAGAGUCGAUGAGGAAGAUGAUGAAGACUGCAGGAGAGGAAGAGCAGCAGCACAGCAGAUGAUGAGUUUACUGGAGAAGAAACAUCUGACACAAAUCAAAGACUCGUUUCUGCCUCAUCAGGGGAAACUGUGGCAUCAGUGGAGUCAGAAGAACAAAGAACUACAUCGACCUCGGGCAGAUGAGAUAGAAAUGGAAAUAAGUAGAAUACAAACAGAGAUGAAGGAAAUCCGUGAACAGCAGCAUAAAUAUGGCAUCAGUGAGUUCAUGAAGCUCUUUUAUUAUCAACUGUUCUCACGUACUGAACAUAAAAAGAUGUUUUUCCUCAAAUGGCUUCAAGUAUUCUUGGAUGAAUACACCUUAAUUGACCUUUCUUCUCUAUAUCAUAAGUAUGAUGAAAAGUGGUCAACAGUAGUAAAACUGAAAAAGAACAAUGAUAAACCUGAAAAACUCAAAGCUGAACAAGCAGAACUUGAGAGAAUAUCUAAGGAACUUGAAGCUGCAACCUUUGGUCUGGAGCACAUCAUGAGGGAGGUUGGUCAGAUCUAUGAAUCAUGUUCAUCUGUGAAGAAGAACAAGAAAGACCUGCAAUUUGACUUCACUUCUCUCCCAAGUCCUGCAGCACAGAUGAUGAUCUCUGGAUUUCCACUGGAGCUGAUGGAUGGAGAUGCUGCUCAUGUUCCUGUGAUCUGGAUCUCUGCUGUUCUAGAUGAACUCAGCCAGAAAUUGGAAGACCAGAGUGUCUUUGUGCUGUCAGUUUUAGGGAUUCAGAGCUCUGGGAAAUCCACCAUGCUGAAUGCCAUGUUUGGACUCCAGUUUGCCGUCAGUGCUGGCAGGUGCACCAGAGGAGCUUUCAUGCAGCUGGUCAAACUGUCAGAUGAGAUGAAAUCACAAAUGAACUUUGACUAUAUUCUGGUUGUUGAUACUGAGGGUCUUUUUGCUCUAGAACUGGCUGGAAGAUCAACAAGACAUCAUGACAAUGAACUGGCCACAUUUGUUGAAGGACUUGGAAAUCUGACCGUUAUCAACAUCUUUGGAGAAAACCCAUCUGAGAUGCAGGACGUUCUUCAGAUUGUUGUUCAGGCCUUCCUGAGGAUGAAGAAGGUCAGACUGAAUCCCAGCUGUAUGUUUGUGCAUCAGAACGUUUCAGACAUCACAGCUGGAGAGAAAAACAUGGAGGGAAGGAGACGACUGCAGGAGAAACUGGAUGAGAUGACAAAACUCGCUGCUAAAGAGGAAGUCUAUGAUGCAGAAUGUUUCAGUGAUGUGAUUAAAUUUGAUGUUCAAAAUGAUGUGAAGUAUUUCGCUCAGCUCUGGGAGGGCAGCCCACCCAUGGCUCCACCAAACCCAAACUACUGUGACAAUAUUCAAGAACUAAAGGAAUCUAUUAUGGCUCACGCCUCAGAAUCACAUGGAAUGAUGCUGAAAGACUUAAAAGAUCGUAUUAAAGAUCUCUGGGAGGCUUUACUGAAUGAACGAUUUGUCUUCAGCUUCAGAAAUUCUCUGGAGAUUUCAGCUUACAGGAAACUGGAGACCCAAUACAGCAAGUGGUCCUGGAGUCUUCGCAGUGCCAUGAUGGAAACUGAGAAAAAACUACACAACAAAAUAGAAAAUGAAACAAUUCACGAGGUUGAGGAAUCUUACCUUCAAAGAGAACUGAAGAAGACAAGUGAAGAAGUGAAAAAAUCAAUGUCUGAAUUCUUUGAGAAAGACAGUGAUAAAGAUACAAUGAUUCAAUGGAAAACAUCUUUUGAAAUCAAAAUCAAAGAGCUUCAGGAAAACAUUGUGAGAGAAACAAAGAGGAAAUUGAAUGAGAUUCUUCAGCAGCGAGACCUGAAGAAAAAGAUUGAUGCUCAGAGGAAACAUCAUGAAAACACUCUCUAUGAAAAGAGCAAAGAACUCGCCUUAAAACUCAAAGGUAAAAGAAAUGAUGAAGAAACACUGAAGAAAGAGUUUGAUUUGUUCUGGGAACAGAGUGUGAAGAAGAUCAUCACAGACACUCCUCCAAUCAGAGACAUUGAUGUAAUGAGAGAUGUAAGAGGGAUCCUCAAUGACGUCUAUGGAAGUGUUCCUGUAGACCACUGGAAGAGCAGGGAUAUUUUCAAUGUGCAAAGAUAUUCAGAUUAUGUACAGGUUAAAAAAUCCAGUGGAUUAAUAGAAAAAGGUAAAGAUACCAUCAAAGGGAUGUUUGGUUAUGGUCCUCUAUCUAAAGAGAAUGAAGCCCAAAUCAGAUCAUUAGUCACAGAUGUUGCUCAGCAGUCAGACACAACGGUUCAGUCAUUUAACAUUUCAAAGAUGGGCUACAACAAAAGCUUCAUUCAACAACUCAUAGAUUACAUCAAAGCAAGAGUAACUGAACAUGAGGAUGGACGAGUGAAAUAUGUGUUCAAGAAUGAAUUCUUCAUGGAUUUGGUUAUUUCUGUCUGUAAGAGAGCAAACAAGAUGAUCACUGACCAACACAGACUGUUCAGAGACGCCAAUGAUCCUGAAAUAUAUGUUAAGAGGAAGAGAGAACAGUACUAUCGUAUUUUCCAGAAGUACUGUCAUGGAGCAACAUCAACUGCUAUUUAUGGGGAGAUCAUCUGUCAGAAACUGAAAGAGCCUGUUGAGCAGAGUGUCUACAUGGAGACAGCCAGAGGUUUAGCAGAUGAAAUUAGAUCAAACUGUCCAUCACUGAAUGGAAACAGAUCAAAUCUGGAGAAACACAUCCUGAAGACACUGGCAAAAGAGGAGGAUUUUGACAAAUACAUGAACUACAUUCGUAAACCCAGAGAUUACUUCAAGAGCUUCAUCAGUGAUGAAGUCAGGCGGUACAUCACUGAUAAGUUCAGAGUCAGUGUUUUACCCAAGAUGAAGGAGAACACAGAACUCCUGCAGCAGAAGAUCAUGAAAGCAGCACAUGAAUCCACUGAACAUGUUCAAGUGAAGCGAGGAGAUGUUGGUUUGUGGUUGAAGAGUUUCACAGAGCAGCUCUCAGAUGAGCUGAUCUUCUCUGAAAAAGACCUCAGUGGAGUCAAACAUGAUGAUGUUGAUGAUUUCAAACUCCUAGAAAAUGUGAUAAGACAAGAACUUCCUGCUGUAAUGUCUGACAUCAGCAGUAGAUUCAAAACAUCUGAUGGCAGAUUUCCAGUAAAGCUGCACAAUAAGUUCAGGCCAGAUGAGCUUCUGAUUGAUCACUUCUGUCAGUGCUGUUGGGUUCAGUGUCCGUUCUGUGGAGCCAUCUGCACCAACACCAUAGAAAACCAUGAUGAAGAUCACAGUGUUCCUUUCCACAGAGUGGAUGGACUCAAUGGAUGGAAUUACUAUCAAACAGAGAAUCUCUGUGCAGAUUUUUGUACAACUUCAGUGACAACUCGUAAACGUUUUCGUGUGUCAGAUGAAUGGUUCCCAUGCAAUGAUUACAGAAAAGCAGGAGGAGUUUAUGCUAAGUGGAGCAUCACCCCUGACCUCUCUGAGCUGCCCUACUGGAAGUGGUUUGUGUGCAGAUUCCAGAAAGAUCUGGAAACACAUUAUAAUCAAACAUUCCAGGGUCAUGGUGAGAUUCCAGAGGAAUGGAGAAAGCACAGAAAAGAAGAUGCUAUUCAGAGUUUGGAACACUUUUAAUAAUUAUCUGACAUAUAAGAACAAAUAAGGAAUAACCCCCCUUUUAAACCACUUAUUGGCAGAACAAUCUAAAAUAUAAACAGUUGCCCUCUACAUAAAUAGUCUCUGAAGCAGCGUCUGAAAUCGAACACUUGUUCACACAUUUUAUUGUCUUAUUUUUAGAGCUGUUUUACACUUGUUUGAAUUUUGUUGUAUCAUUGAUCAUUACCUGGUGGAUGGAACAUAGCGCACUCUAGAAGUGAUAGUGAACAGUUCAGACAGAGUAAAUAUGCUUUCCAUUGGGGCGAUUGAAAUCUUGGUUUGCGUCAGUGUCACGUGAACAAACACAGCAUACACAGUGUGCUGUGUAUUUCAAUUCAAUACAGAAUUCUGUAUUUUAAAGCACAUAAAACAUCACAAAUGCUUAGACAGCCUCAAGUUUUUCAAACUACAAAAGCUUCACCUUUACUAAAAAUCAUCACUGUUUAUUUCUGUAGUAAGAAUUUCAUAAAAUGAGGCUAUCACAAGCUGUCAAAUGCAUUUUUUUGUGAUGUAAAAAAAAUGCUACUGGUUUCGAUAUGCCCUGUUCUGACUUCCUCUUUCAGUCAGAAAUGAGUAAAAGCUUUGAGUAAAACUGUGCUUAUCAAGCCACUUCACAGUAAUUUUAAGUGGAAAAAACAGCAAAGCAUUUUAUUGAUUGAGCAAAAAUAUAAGGCAAGGCAAGUUUAAUUACAUAGCACAUUUUAUACACAAUGGUAAAAAAAUAAGUGCUUUACAUAGAAAAGGAGUUAAAAUAAUCAUAAAAUAAUUGUAACAUAUACAUAAGAAAUAAAAAUAUCAUGGCUGGGAAAUAAAAAUAAUAAUCAUAUUUAACUAAAGCCUGAAUCACUAAGUUGGACAUCAAGAGAAAAAAAUUAAAAAAUGGAUGAAAAAACAAAAAAAGAAUUAAUAGUUAGUAUAAAGAUUAUACACAGAUCAAAUAAAUGAAUCAGUUAUUAAACAUUUAAGCAUCUGUUAUCGAAUACCUAAACCAUUAUCUGCAUCGAUAACAAAUAUAUCAUCAGCAUGCACUUAUUUACUUAUACAGUAUACUACUUAAUUAUAUAAGCUUGUUUCCACCACUGAAUAAAAUAAUAAUUUUCUUAAAAUGGCAAGACAUAA